AUGCGAGUGAAGGAGGCGGCGAAACAAGCGCUCGCGGCAGAGAAGGCCCACGAUCCUGUCGGAGCGGUCAGUUCAAAAAAUGUCGCGAGUGUCCAGGGGGACAGCGCCGCUAUCGAACACCCGGCCAUACCGCCGGCGCAGGAUAAAGAGGCCGAGAUGGAGGAGAUUCCCAUCGCCGGGCGCACUAGGAUGAGUGUCCCGAAGAAGGGCAGUCAGGACUCAUUGUCGAACUCGGGUGUGGUAGAGGCUCCGAAGGAACAGCCUGAAGAGAAAGAGGAAGAUCCGGAGCACGAGAAUGCCAAGGACGAGCUGAAUACUAUUCUGAAGCAGGCACCUGUCAUCGUCUUCUCCAAGUCCUAUUGUCCCUUCAGUAAAAAAGCUAAGACCAUUCUGCUGGACCACUACUCCAUCUCGCCCGCACCAUAUGUCAUUGAGCUGGACCAGCACCCGCUCGGAGCAGCACUGCAGCAGCUCUUGGCGCAGAAUACUGGAAGACGGACGGUACCGAAUGUUCUUGUCAAUGGCAAGAGCAUUGGUGGCGGAGAUGAUAUUGCUGCCCUGGACCAGAGCGACGAGCUGGCAUCGACGCUGCGUCAACUUGGUGGCAAGUGGAUUUCGGAUGUCAGCCAUAAGACUCCAGAAUUGGAACAUCUACCGGAACGGGCCCUAAGCGACGCACAAUCCCGUGACGUGCAAUUUCGCUCCACCAUCAACUCCAACCCGAAUUUUGAUCCUCCCGACAUCGACAAUUCACCCCCCUCGGCCAAUUCCACCCACGCAGUCAAGAUGCGGUACAUUCACUCCGAGGAACGGCUGCCCAUUCCGGACAAUGUGAAGGUUCACAUUCGUUCGCGGGUUGUGACCGUCGAGGGCCCCCGCGGCAAGCUCGUCAAGGACCUCUCCCACAUUGCCGUCACCUUCGGCCGCCCCGAGGCCAACAUCAUCUCGAUCGAGCUGCACCACGGUGCCCGCAAGGGUGUCGCUACCCUGCGCACCGUCCGCACCCUCAUCAACAACCUGAUCAUCGGUGUCACCCGCGGCUUCCUGUACAAGAUGCGUUACGUCUACGCUCACUUUCCCAUCAACGUGAACAUCGAGAAGAACGCUGAGACCGGCUGCGCCGAGAUCGAGAUCCGCAACUUCCUCGGCGAGAAGUACGUCCGCCGUCUCACUGCCCAGGCUGGCGUUGAGGUUAUCACCUCCCCCAACGUCAAGGAUGAGCUCCAGCUCUCCGGAAACUCCCUGGAGGCUGUCUCCCAGAGCGCCGCCGACAUCCAGCAGAUCUGCCGUGUCCGCAACAAGGAUAUCCGUAAGUUCUUGGACGGUCUGUACGUGUCGGAGCGGGGCAACAUCAUUGAGGCCGAGUAA